AGAAAAAAGAAAAACUCAACCCAACCCAACUCGUACUGGAAAAAACGUCCAUACAGAAAGUAGCCCAAAAGUAGGCCUACAGUUGUUAAAACUAAAAGUGGUAAAACAAUUGAGAUCGAAUCGAGCAGUCGAAUCAAAAGCUUGUCUUCCAAUUUCCAUAUUGGAGAUCGGCAAUUCCACAGCAUAGAAGAAGCAGAAGAAGAAAGAUGUUAAAAUUCUUGAAGGGAGUAGUUGGUGGAUCUGGAACAGGAGUGAAAGAUCUUCCUUACAACAUCGGCGAACCUUACCCUUCUGCUUGGGGCUCCUGGACUCAUCAUCGCGGCACCUCCAAAGAUGAUGGAUCUCCAGUCUCAGUUUUUUCUCUUUCUGGAAGUAAUGCUCAGGAUGGACAUUUAGCAGCAGGCCGUAAUGGUGUCAAGCGUCUUCGCACUGUUAGGCAUCCGAAUAUUCUAUCAUUUCUACACAGUACUGAGGUUGAAACUUUUGAUGGUUCUACCUCAAAGGUCACUAUUUAUAUGGUGACUGAGCCUGUUAUGCCAUUAUCUGAAAAGAUCAAGGAGCUGGGUUUAGAAGGCACACAAAGGGAUGAGUAUUAUGCUUGGGGGCUCCACCAGAUAGCUAAAGCUGUGAGCUUUCUAAAUAAUGAUUGCAAACUUGUUCAUGGUAAUGUCUGCAUGGCCAGUAUUGUUGUCACACCAACUCUAGAUUGGAAGCUGCAUGCUUUUGAUGUUCUAUCCGAAUUUGAUGGGAAUAAUGAAACUGCAACUGGUCCUAUGCUGCAAUAUGAAUGGCUUAUUGGAACACAAUACAAACCGAUGGAGUUAGUUAAGUCUGACUGGGUUUCCAUCAGAAAAUCUCCAACUUGGGCCAUUGAUUCUUGGGGUUUGGGUUGUUUUAUUUAUGAACUCUUUUCUGGAAUGAAGUUAGGGAAAACAGAGGAGCUUCGCAACACUGGUUCUAUUCCAAAGUCGCUGCUUCAGGAUUACCAGCGGCUACUAAGCUCUAUGCCCUCUCGCAGGAUGAAUACCUCAAAGCUUAUAGAAAACGGUGAAUACUUUCAAAAUAAGUUGGUCGACACUAUACAUUUCAUGGAAAUUCUUACUUUGAAAGACAGUGUUGAGAAGGAUACCUUUUUCCGCAAACUUCCAAAUUUAGCAGAGCAGCUACCUCGCCAAAUUGUGCUGAAAAAGCUGCUUCCUCUAUUAGCUUCUUCCCUCGAAUUUGGUUCUGCUGCUGCCCCUGCUUUGACUGCAUUGUUGAAAAUGGGUUCUUGGCUUUCGGCUGAAGAAUUUAGUGCUAAGGUAUUGCCAACAAUAGUGAAGCUGUUUGCCUCAAAUGACCGUGCCAUUCGAGUCAGUCUUUUGCAGCAUAUAGAUCAAUAUGGAGAGUCAUUAUCAGCACAAGUUGUUGAUGAGCAAGUCUAUCCUCAUGUCGCUACUGGGUUUUCUGAUACAUCUGCUUUUCUCCGUGAAUUGACCCUGAAAUCGAUGCUUGUUUUGGCACCCAAGCUUUCUCAACGUACCAUUUCAGGCACCUUGUUGAAGUAUCUUUCGAAGUUACAGGUUGAUGAAGAGCCUGCCAUUAGAACAAACACCACCAUAUUACUUGGGAAUAUUGCUAGCUUCCUGAAUGAAGGGACAAGGAAGAGAGUGCUUAUUAAUGCUUUUACAGUCCGUGCAUUGCGUGAUACAUUUUCUCCUGCCAGAGGAGCAGGAAUAAUGGCUUUGUGUGCCACGAGUUCUUAUUAUGACAUCAAUGAGAUUGCAACUCGAAUUCUUCCAAAUGUUGUUGUUCUUACCAUUGAUGGUGACAGCGAUGUUCGAUCAAAAGCAUUUCAGGCUGUUGAACAAUUCCUGCAAAUAGUCAAGCAGUAUCAUGAAAAGACAAAUGCAGGAGAUACCAGUGCAGCUACAACUCUGGGGAUUUCAUCAAUUCCAGGAAAUGCAAGUUUACUCGGGUGGGCCAUGAGCUCCUUGACUCUGAAGGGCAAACCAUCUGAACAAGCCUCACUUGCUCCUGUAAAUUCUGAUGCACCUUUAAUUUCUACAGCCUCCAAUGCCAGUUCAGUAUUAGAUACUCCAAGUGCAGCACCGAUCCGUGUAAAUUCGAGCACGGACUUUGCUGAUCAACCAGUACCGGGCUCUCCUACCUCAACAGAUGGCUGGGGAGAAAUUGAAAAUGGAACUCAGGAAGAGCAUGAUAGCGACAAAGAUGGGUGGGAUGAUAUUGAACCCCUUGAAGAGCCAAAGCCCUCUCCAGCUCUUGCUAACAUUCAAGCUGCUCAAAAGCGGCCUGUCUCACAACCAGUUUCACAGCCAAGACAACAAGGUCUACGACCUAAAAAUGCAGUAAAGGUGACAAAGGAUGAAGAUGAUGAUUUGUGGGGUUCCAUAGCUGCCCCUGCUCCAAAAACAACAUCAAAACCUUUGAAUGUUAGAGCAGCCUCAGCAGCUGAUGAUGAUGAUCCCUGGGCUGCAAUCGCUGCUCCUCCACCUACUACAAAAGCCAAACCAUUAUCAGCUGGAAGAGGCCGGGGAACUAAACCUGCUGCUCUAAAGUUAGGUGCACAAAGGAUAAACCGGACAUCCUCAUCUGGGAUGUAAUUUAGUGAGAGAGAACUUAAAGAAGACAAGGGAAAAAAAUCUGUAAAUGUUUUUUUCUUUUCUUUUGUGGUGAGUGGUACUUCACAUUAAUACAGUGGAGUUCCUUUUGCCUCGAGUUGUAUCUGCUACUUUCUCCCAAUAUAGUAUUUGAGUUGUAUUAUCAUUCUUUUCUACAAAAAGUUGUUUGUACUUGAUUCUUUUUGAGGGAAGUGUUGUCUGCUGGACUGCUUUGUAGCGUAAAUUAGAUUUUGCAGCAAAUUCGCUUUCAGAUGGAGCAUAUAAUUACUAAGCUCAUAGACUGUUGGAAUGUGAUAUCACUCUUGUUCAGUUUACUUAAAGAAAUAUAAAAUUUUUGUUGUUUU